UUCUCCUUUCCUUUGAAGGUCCUACGUUUCGGCACCCUCACCUUCAUCUCUGACCUCGUCUCCUUCUGUAUUCUUGUAUUUUACAUGCCUUCCUCUUCUUUUGGCGCUUGCUUUCUUAUUCCUUAUCCCAUUUUUUUUCCCCCUUUCCACCCUAACCCAGUGACAACCAGUCUACAGCGUACGUGUUGUCCUUGGUUUUCAUUUUGGGAAUCUAAAUGUUAGGCUACUUCCCAUGAGUUAGAAUUCAUCCUGUCAUCUUCAUUUCCCUGGUGUUCUAUUUGCUGUCUUUUCUGUGAGAAACAAAGGAGAGAGCAGUGAGGGAGAAUGAUUAUGCAGUAGUAGAACUAUCCAGGUGUUUGCUGCUUUUACUUUUGUUUUUCGUACAUACUCCUCGAGUGCAUGUGACUCUGGUGUAUCGGAUUCAGUGACGGUUUAGUCCACAUUCUCAAGCUCUGCGCUUGCCUAAAAUGACUGUGUGAAUUCAGUGGAAUAAAUGGCGUCCAAAGUAACUGAUGCUAUAGUUUGGUACCAGAAGAAGAUUGGGGCAUAUGAUCAACAAAUAUGGGAAAAAUCAGUAGAACAAAGAGAAAUAAAGUUUAUUAGACUGGGUUUGAGAAACAAACCAAAGAAAACAGGACAUGUGAAACCAGACCUCAUCGAUGUCGAUCUUGUAAGAGGAUCUGCUUUUGCUAAAGCAAAACCUGAAAGUCCUUGGACAUCUCUGACCCGCAAAGGAAUCGUGAGAGUUGUUUUCUUUCCGUUCUUCUACAGGUGGUGGCUACAAGUCACAUCGAGGGUCAUCUUUUUCUGGCUCCUUGUUCUUUACCUUCUUCAAGUUGCUGCUGUAGUGUUGUUCUAUACAGCUCAAAGCCCACAUAAUAUACCUCUGACUGAAGUAAUUGGGCCAAUAUGGCUAAUGUUGCUACUUGGAACUGUGCAUUGUCAGAUUGUUUCAACACGAACUCCUAAGCCACCUCCCAGCACGGGGGGUAAAAGAAGAAGGAAAUUAAGGAAAGCAGCACAUUUGGAAGUACAUAGGGAAGGAGAUGGCUCUAGUACCACAGAUAACACACAGGAGGGAACAGUGCAGAGCUACGGUACAAGCACCUCUUGCAGUAUUGGCGCUGUCUUCAGAGAUAUCUGGCAUGCUGCUUUCUUUUUAUCAGGAUCAAAGAAAGCAAAAAACUCUAUAGAUAAAUCCACUGAGACUGAUAAUGGCUACGUGUCCCUUGAUGGGAAAAAGACAGGUAAAAGCAGUGAAGAAUGUAUGCAGGCCCAUGAACGUCGAUGUGAAGUGAUUAAGCCAGAAGAGUCAGGGUGGAGCACCUCAACAGUGAGAGAUGCCUUCAACAAUCACAGUCAUCACAAAGAUACUCACAGGACUGUGACAAAUUUAUCAGAUGAAGUUUCUAGCGAGGAAGGGCCUGAAACUGGAUAUUCUAUACGUCGCAAUGUAGAACGCACUUCUAGUGAUUGUACACUUCGAAACAGGAAAUCUCACCAUUAUAAGAAACACUAUCCUCUAGAGGAUACACCUAAAUCGGGUACUAGCUGCAGUUCUCGGUGUUCAAGCUCCAGACAAGAUUCUGAGAGUGCAAGGCCAGAAUCGGAAACCGAAGAUGUGCUGUGGGAGGACCUCUUACACUGUGCAGAGUGCCACUCUUCCUGUAGCAGUGAGACAGAUGUAGAAAGCCCUCAAGUGAAUCCGUGUGUGAAGAAAGAAUACAGAGACGACCCAUUUCAUCAGAGUCAUUUACCUUGGAUCCACAGUUUGAAUCCAGGACUAGAAAAAAUAAGUGCAAUUGUAUGGGAGGGUAAUGACUGCAAGAAAGCAGAUAUGUCUGUGCUUGAAAUCAGUGGUAUGAUAAUGAACAGAGUGAACAGCUAUAUACCAGGAAUUGGUUAUCAAAUUUUUGGAAACGUCAUAUCUUUAAUCUUGGGUUUAAUGCCAUUCGUCUUUCGACUUUCCCAAGCUAAAGAUUUGGAACAACUGGCUGCACAUUCUGCCACUGACCUUUGUAUGACUGCAUUUGGAUCAAAUGGAGACAUUUUUGUUCUCUCAAUGGUUAUUAUAAGUUUUGUGGUCCGUGUGUCUCUAGUGUGGAUUUUCUUUUUUCUGCUAUGUGUAGCAGAGAGGACAUACAAACAGAGGCUGCUUUUUGCCAAACUUUUUGGUCAUCUAACAUCUGCCAGAAGGGCAAGAAAAUCAGAGGUUCCUCACUUCCGAUUGAAGAAAGUACAGAAUAUAAAAAUGUGGCUUUCUCUCAGGUCCUAUCUAAAGCGUCGAGGUCCUCAACGCUCAGUUGAUGUAAUAGUUUCAUCUGCCUUCCUACUGACUAUCUCAGUUGUGUUUAUCUGUUGUGCACAGCUGCUUCACAUGCAUGAGAUCUUCCUUGAUUGUCACUACAAUUGGGAACUUGUAAUUUGGUGCAUUUCACUAACUCUUUUUCUCUUAAGAUUUGUUACUCUUGGAUCUGAAACCAGUAAAAAGUACAGCAAUACCUCAAUAUUACUUACUGAGCAGAUAAACUUGUACUUGAAAAUGGAGAAAAAGCCUAAUAAGAAGGAGGAACUGACACUAGUGAACAAUGUUUUAAAACUUGCUACUAAGUUACUGAAGGAACUGGACAGUCCCUUUAGGUUAUAUGGGCUUACAAUGAAUCCACUGCUUUAUAAUAUCACCCAAGUUGUCAUCCUGUCAGCUGUAUCUGGUGUCAUCAGUGACUUGCUUGGAUUUAAUCUAAAGCUCUGGAAGAUCAAAUCUUGACAAUAUGUAAAGAAGAUGAGAUAACACAGUGUUACAGAAAAGCUCAUUGAUUGACAAAACUGCCUCAAAGCAGCCACUGAAUCUAUAUUUCAGAUGCUACAACCUCUUCAAGGAUGUCGUUUGGAAAAUUGAAGUGUUUACAUCUGACUGUCUUGUGCAAUCUUUGUAUUUAUUUCAUCUUCUCACUGUUUUAUGUUCAUUUUAGUUGACAUUUUAUAUUUCAUUUUCAAACUUAUUUGUUUAGUUUUGGAAAGGGUCAGAUUUGGGAAGGGUCAAAAACUGUGUCUGAGAACUCCAAGUCCUGGAAAUUGAUUACACUAAAUUACUUUAUCUGUUGUUAAAGCUGAAGCCAAUGCUGAACAUCUUUAGUUACACUAAGGCUAUAUGGAAGUAAUUUGAUUUUUGAUACUGUGGUAAAAUUGCUUAGAAUAUUUAAUUGGCACCAAUCAUUUAUGAGGACAACAUAACAUCAGUAGAUGUUUGGUUGCAAUAGAAAAGUGAGACAUAUACAAAAAAUAAAGUACUGACAAUACAGUAUGACAGGUAGCAGAAUUACUUUAUAUUGCUAUUAGAAGCAAGUGGGAAUUUUGGAUAUUUUGAGUAAUUCCAGGAUCUAAACUCAUAUAGGCUGCAGUUUAAAUAUCCUGGGAUAUUAAUAAGGUAUUAUAUAACAAGUCAACAAGUGCUCUUUGAUAACAGUUUUAUUAGAGCAAUAAUUGUAAAUGGUUACCAUGCUGUAUGAUAUUUUGAUAAAAUUAAAUAUUGUAUUUAUUUGAAAUACUGGGCUGUUCUGCGCAGCUCUGACUGUGCAUGCUCAAUAUGUGCACUUUUUAUUGUUACUUUUAAUGAGAAACUUUAUAUAUAUACAUAUAAAUGUAUAUUGAUUGGAAUAUAUUAUGGUGAACUAUGGAGCAGUAUAUAUUAUAUGUUGAAUAUUUAAACAAGCAAAAGAUUUACUGGUGAAAGGAAUGCUAUGAAUGACUGAGCAUAAGAUAGAUAGAUGCUCUCCUCUUGUACACUAUAGUAUAUGCCAUUCAUACCACAUUGAAGUUUAAGAGCAGUUAAACACAGAAAACAAGUUCCUCUGGUGAGCAGCAGAGCUCAUGAAGCCUGGUAUUCAGCAGAUUUGUGUCUUCAAAUAACCUCCUUUCCUCCCAUUUGUCCCCAGCAGGGGUCAUUCCCUGGGGUUUUCCAGGCUUGGGUUUCCCACCUCUCCCGCUGCCUUCUAUCCCUGCCUCCCACACGGACCAGUCGUAUCGACUCGUGGUUCUUCAGUGUGACAAAAAUAGAUGUUCACCCAUGCAGAAUUAAGUUACCUGGAACAAACUUUCCAUCUACAAAUUAUUUUGGGAGGAUUAAUAUCACCAGACACAAGUAUUCUUACAUUUUAUGUUUCUAAAAUAGUGGCUUCAUAUUGAAAAAUGACAAGUAAUUAGGUGACGAGUGUCUGGACAUUGCACUAUGUUUGCUAAUCUUCAGAAUCUUGAAAGAUUUGAAGUAAUGUAUCUUAAACUUAUGUGGUAUAAAAAUAUUUUUAUAUAUAAAGCAACACAAACAAGCAUUUUGUAUUUUAUUUGCCUCUGUACUAACGUUUAAUAAUGACCAAAGUGCAUUCUGGUUUUUGAAAGAAUGUAUUACUGGAGCUUUAAGAACAUACUAUGUUUAGUUUCUCAUGUGAAAACUUCGGCUGCAUCUGAUCUGUUUCUUCUUUCUCUGUUGUUUGAUGUUGGGAUUGUUUUUAAAAAUUAAGUACAUUUUAUACACAGUUUUUUCCAAAUUAUGGUACAGACCUACACAGAACUUAAUUUUGCACAAAAUAUAUUUUAAGAAAAAAAAAAAGUACAGCAGGAGUCCUGUGGGUGAUAAAAGAUAAGGCUAUUGCUUUUUACAGCCUAUCGCAAACCCAUUCUUUACUCUAGAAUGGGAUUAUUUUUAGAAAUGUAAAAUGGUGAAUAUACAGCUUUCAUUACCUUUAAAACAGGAAAAAAAAAAGGCGGGAGGGAAAACAUUGCGGUUUCGGUUGAAGGUGAAAUUAAUUUAACCAUGUAUACCUCAGCAACUAGCACUGUGCUGGAUUGUUGCACUAAAAAAUGGUGGCUUGGGGAGAGUAAAAGAUUUGUGAAAUGAAGUUAAAAAUAAUAAAAACCUUUAUUUGCUACCAUUAGGUAUAUUCAUUAUGUUAAAAAUGGGAAAGGUUUAUUCUCCAUCCCUCAAUGUGGAAAAUCCAGUGUGAGAGGCAAGUAGAAAUAUGGCAGAUCUUGCGUGUUAACUGUUAUUUUUUGCCACAUGUUUUGUAACUGAAAGUGUGAUCAGGCUUGGAAUAAAGCUUUCUAUGGUUGAUGGUAAAAAAGAAAAAAACCAA